UAAGUAUAGGUCCACUGUAUUAAGUAAACCACACUUGUGAGCCCGUCUUGCAAGGUUAACAUAUUUGCUUGCCUGACAAACCUGGACGGCUCCUUGCAGCCAUUUCCCCUUGAUCCUGCAGUCAUUAUAUAUACUUCCAGUACACCUAGCUGGCUAAUGGAAGUGUCGAAAUGGCAGGCCGCACACAUGCAUACGUACUGCCUCUGAACACCUCUGCUGGCCCAACAGUUGCGAGGCACCACCAGCGCCAGCAUACGACCCCCCAGCUAACUCCUGCAGCGGCGGCCCGCCCUUCUCUACACGCUCCGCUUCGGGCCCGCACCGGCGCUGACCUUGCUUGGUUGCGAGGAGGAACGCUGGCAGGAUAGUCUACGCACGAAUCCGUGCACCUUUGCUAACAUCAACCUUGCUGCUAUCUGCUGCAACGCUGCCAUUGAGCCCUAGUUCGCUCCCCAUCCUGAGGAGGAGCCCACGCCAGUGUCUUGCCUCCUGAAAAGGGGCUAAGUUAAAUCGGUGUACGCCCUUGUGGACUUCAAACUUAGCUCGGGUAGCACCAUGGCUGCUGGUAGCAAGGGAGCGCGUGGCAGGGGAGGGCGGCGAGGCACGCAGGCGAUUGAGGGCAAGGCUGGCGCCGAUGCUGCGGAGCACAGCGAGGAGUCCCGCAAGUCCUUUGCGCUGAUGCUCUCCGUGACACAUGCCGAUGAAGAGGAGAUUGCCAGCUUUCAAGGUUACCAUUCUCCAUGGUGGAAGAAGCUCAUUUACUACAUCGUAGGCGCCCUCACAGCAGGUUUCUCCUUCCUGCUGUGCAAGUGGUCCCCGCGGCUGCACAUCCUGCUCAGCCUCACACCCUGCGCGCUGCGAGACGCCCAGUACGUGCGCGUAAAGCUUGCCGACGGCCGAGUGGACCUGGAGCGGGUGCAGCAGGUGGCGCUGCCGGAGCCGCAGUACGACAGCCAGCCCACCCUGGUGGCGGACGAGGAGGAAGGCGCGCGGGGGGAACUGCUGCAGUGGCAGGUCCAGCGUGUUC